CAGGUAUCAUGGCGCAUACGAAUGUAACCAGCGCUGCAAUCACAAAAUACCGUUACACCAAAUGAACAAAUUGAACAGAUGAAAAUGUUCACGUAUGUCGCAAAAAGGGAAACCAAUUCUGCACAUGUAUAAUCAAGAUUGGAGAGUGUUGGCGCACACAGGCAGCUAUGCAAGAGAUAUGUAACACAGCCGCCCUGCCGCUAGACACUAACCCACUAGUUAGAAAGAUAAAAUGCGAAGAGUUUCCCGCCAUCAGAGGGAAGCAGCCGACGAGAAUUGGCAUGGGGGUGCGCGAUGAAAUGGAAGAGGACUUCGCGGUGAAGACCAGGAACACACCGCCAAUGGGACCAGCACCUGGACAGGAGCAUCCGCGCAUGGAGCAUGGUGGCAACGGCUUCUGGUUGGCAGCUGUCACGGCUGCCGGCGCGCCGCAUCCCAUGCUCGAGACCUGCACGGAGACCGGCUUCAUCAACAGCCAGCCCUCUAUGGCAGAGUUCAUGACUGCCUUACCCCAACUGGGAGGAGGAGAACUCAGUCCCCAACACACGCCCCCUGGAUACGCGCCCGACCUGCCCUCGCCUGGAGGCGGCCUCAACGUACCUGAGUACCCUUGGAUGAAAGAGAAAAAAACAACAAGAAAGAGCAGUCAACAAGAAAAUGGACUGCCCCGACGGUUGCGAACAGCUUACACUAAUACUCAACUUUUGGAGCUGGAAAAAGAAUUUCACUUCAACAAGUACUUGUGUCGGCCGAGGCGAAUUGAAAUAGCCGCUUCGCUUGACCUCACUGAGAGACAGGUGAAGGUUUGGUUUCAAAACAGAAGAAUGAAGCACAAACGACAAACGUUAAGCAAGAGUGAAGAUGGCGACGAUAAAGAUUCAACUACUUCUGAGGGCGGGAAAAGUUCCAAAACCAGACUUGAUAAAUUCCUUGACGAUGAUGGCCCAUUGUCAGGGAAAAAGAGCUGUCAAGGUUGCGAACUUCCACCAGGAGCACUUUGCUCACCAGCAGAAGACUUGCCAGAGCUCGCUUCGCGUACUAGAAACAAUAAUACUCCCAGUGCUACAAACAAUAAUAGUUUUGCGAGUGAUGGCGCAUCCAGUGUUACAUCAUCCUCGUCUCUCGACAAGUUAGCGGAAGAAGAUUCCCGCGAUGAUCAACCUCCUGUCGCUACAGUUGGAACUGCACCAAGAAACUUCGCAAAAAGGAUCAAACAGGAAUCAAGGAAGCGAUCGCCCUCGUUAGAUGCGACGACGUCUAAAGUCUCUCCCUCUUCAUCUAAAGAUGGAUUAGGACCAGUUGCAGGUAUUUCUGAUGGCACUAAAUUUUCUUCCGUCAGUUUAACACCGUCAUCCACGCCAGGGACGCCUUCGAGUAUGCACCCGAGUCCACUAGGACAUUAUCCGCGUCCGUCACCACCUAACGUUCCGCCAGGUCCCCCUCAUCCUCAAGCCGUGCCCAAUGCCAUGCCACCCUACGUUAUACGGGGUAACGCGCCUCCCGGCCAGUUUGUGCCUCAUCCCGAUUUCCGGAUGGACUCGAAGCAAUUUGUAGGUAAAUUGGCCCAAUAUCCACAAGGAAACAGGAGUUAUGAAAGUUACGGCCCAGGAAUACAGAGUGCUGAUCAACACAGUUACAGCCGGACCCAACAACAUGCAAGACAAGAGGGAUCUCCAACUGCUAGACCGGUUAACGGUAUAGGUUCAAGACAGGCUUACCCGCACGAAAUGUAUCAGAAUUACGGCUAUCCUACAUACGGCAAGGAACAGGCGGCAUAUGGCAACCCCGGGUAUGAUCAAUCGCAAGGAUACGCGGGCGAGCAUAUGGCGUACGCGAACAGCCACUACGGCUAUCAUUACCAUGAAGGUGGACAGCAUGAACACGCCCAUGCCUAUUACGCGAACGAUGGGCAGAAGAAUGCGCAUAGCAAUGAAUACACGAAGAACGCUUAUUAUGAUGCGAGUGCUUAUGGGACACAGCACGCGGCGACGGCGACGGCACCAGGGUACGGGCCGAACGGAGCUCAGGGGAACACGUCGGGCGAGCCGUACGCGGGUGAGUGCGCCGACGGAUACAGCUCGUUCCAGCAGUUUUACGAGGCGACGCACGCCACGCCCGCCGGUGAUAACUCCAACUCUUCCUCCGAUUUCCACUUCCUCAGCAACUUGGCUAACGACUUUGCACCUGAGUACUAUACCAUUUGAGAUAAGGACUUCGCCGAGCAGGCGAGUGAUCUGUUCGUGUAACUGUAUUGUUUCUUAUUAUUAUAGUGAAUCAAAGAUAAAAUGGGUUGCAGUGAUGGAAAUAAAUUGUAUGCGCCCAAGGCGACGAGGAAUAUUGCUAAUAAUAUCUUUGUAUCGAUCUAAGUUAAAUUUCUACUAUAAGUACAUCAACAAUAGUAUUAAACGAAUAUGUAAUAAAAUGUAAAUAGAUACUUUAGGUUUUAUUUUGAAUACGUAAAUAAGUAAGUAAUUAUUAAACUUUAACACAGAAAUAAAAGAUGUUAGGUGCUGAUAAUAAAUUGAACAGUAUGAACACACUAUACCUAAACUGUAAACUAUUUUUAAAUAAUGCAGCGCUAGUCUGCAUAUGGUAUUAAAUAUAAAUGUUGGUAAAUCAAUGAAAAAAAAAAGAUAAAAUGUUUGAACAUCACAUAUAAACUUCUUCCAAAUUGCAAAAAUCAUUGCAUAUUUCACGGCUACACCAUUUAAUUGUAUGUAUAAUUUUGAAAUCAAAUUGGUAUCAUUGUAAAUGUCUGAUUGCAUUAACCUUAUAUAAAAGUUGUACUCACUGUAUCCAAAAACCUUUUCACGUGUUCAUUGUAAGAUAUUGGAUUGAAUUAAAAAUUUGAUUUAUGACUUAUUAUUAGAAAAUCAUUUACGUACUAAGGAAUAGUCGUUGCCUUAUUUAGUUAAUACAUAAUUAUUAUUUUGUGACUAUAUGACAUA